CGGUGGUGGUUGUGAAGGUGGCCAUGUGUGGCUGAGAGAUGCCCGACGGCAGGGCCGCCGUCCGCGGGCGCUCAGCCUCACAGAGGCCGCAGCCGCGCUAUGGGGCCUGGGCAGCGCCCGCAGCGGGCACGGCAUCUGCCCGCUGAGCGGCCGCGGAAUCCGGCGGCGGGAGGCGGCAGCGGAGCUGUGCUCUGGCUACCGUGAGAGGGCCGAUCGCCGCUCCUGCCCCGAGAAACCCGGAGAAGACCCCGCAGAAGGAGGCGGCUGCACACACGCCCCCCCACACGUAGCACAGGCGCUCGCUUCCCGCGCAGGGAAAGGUGGAGCCCCGUUCUCCGCCGCCCGGAAGGCGCGGGGCGCGCCCGGAAACCGCCGGCGGGCGGGAGGCGGUGCCGCGGCUGCCACGUUGGAGCGGGCCGGGGACGGGUGAGCGCCGGGGACGCCGAGUGAAAUGAAGCUGAAGGAAAUUGAUCGUACUGCCAUGCAGGCAUGGAGCCCUGCCCAGCAGCACCCCAUUUACCUGGCCACAGGUACAUCAGCUCAGCAGCUGGAUGCAACCUUCAGUACAAGUGCUUCUCUAGAAAUAUUUGAGUUGGACUUAUCAGACCCUUCUCUGGAUAUGAAGUCAUGUGCCACCUUUUCCUCCUCUCACAGGUACCACAAGCUGAUCUGGGGGCCUCACAGCAUGACCUCGGGUGAGAGAGUCUCUGGAGUCCUGAUUGCUGGGGGUGAAAACGGAAAUGUCAUUCUGUACGAUCCAGCCAAAAUCAUAGCUGGAGACACUGAAGUAAUAAUUGCCCAGAAAGACAAGCAUACGGGACCAGUAAGAGCACUUGAUGUCAACAUGUUCCAGACCAAUCUGGUGGCUUCUGGUGCUAAUGAAUCUGAAAUCUAUAUCUGGGACUUGAACAAUUUUGCUACACCAAUGACACCAGGAGUGAAGACACAGCCUCUCGAGGACAUCAGCUGUAUCGCAUGGAACAGGCAAGUCCAGCACAUCCUGGCAUCUGCCAGCCCUAGCGGCCGAGCUACUGUGUGGGAUCUCAGGAAGAACGAACCCAUCAUCAAAGUCAGUGACCACAAUAACCGGAUGCACUGCUCAGGCCUGGCAUGGCACCCUGAUGUUGCUACCCAGAUGGUUUUGGCCUCGGAGGAUGACAGGUUGCCUGUGAUUCAGAUGUGGGACCUAAGAUUUGCCUCCUCACCGCUUCGUGUUCUAGAAAGUCAUACAAGGGGUAUAUUGGCCAUUGCUUGGAGUAUGGCGGAUUCGGAGCUGCUCCUUAGCUGUGGGAAGGAUGCUAAAAUUCUCUGCUCCAACCCUAACACGGGCGAGGUGCUGUACGAGUUGCCCACAAACACACAGUGGUGCUUUGAUAUCCAGUGGUGUCCCAGGAAUCCUGCUGUCUUGUCUGCAGCUUCAUUCGAUGGGCGGAUCAGUGUUUACUCCAUCAUGGGAGGCAGCACGGAUGGCUUGAGGCAGAAGCAAGUUGACCAGCUUUCAUCGUCUUUUGGGAACCUCGAUCCAUUUGGUACGGGACAGCCCCUCCCGCCCCUGCAGCUUCCCCAGCAGACCACCCCCCAGUGUGUUGUUUUGCCCCUAAAGAAACCACCCAAAUGGAUCCGGAGACCUGUGGGAGCAUCGUUCUCGUUUGGAGGCAAGCUGGUUACAUUUGAGAAUGCCAAGUCUCAGCAGCAGCCAGGCAUCGAGCAGCAGCAGCAGUGUCACUAUGUCUACGUAAGCCAGGUUGUUACGGAGAAGGAGUUCCUUGCCCGCUCGAACCAGCUGCAGGAGGCUGUGCAGUCCGAAGGCUUUGUCAGCUACUGCCAGAAGAAAAUCGACAUGGCCCAGGCUGACUUUGAGAAAAAUGUGUGGGCUUUCUUAAAGGUGAACUUUGAAGAAGAUUCACGCGUUAAGUACCUUGAGCUCUUGGGAUACAGGAAAGAUGAUCUGAGGAAGAAGAUUGCAUCCACUCUGAAUAAAGAGGGUCUUGCAGAUGGUGACUUGGGAGAGGCUCCUGCAGAAUCUGAUGAAUCUCUACCAAACGAGGGGGAAGAAGGCCGGGCUACAGAGGAGCAGCUCUCUAGAGAGAGGGUGAAGGACCAUAAACAAGAAACUGAAGAUUUGGGAUCUGCAAAGACGACAUUUAACAUCUCUGUUAGUGGAGAUGUGGACGGUUUGAUUACCCAGGCUUUGCUGACGGGUAACUUUGAGAGCGCAGUAGAUCUUUGCUUGCACGAUAACCGGAUGGCUGACGCCAUUAUCUUGGCCAUCGCAGGCGGACAAGAGCUGCUUUCUAGGACACAGGAAAAGUACUUUGCUAAGAUGCAGAGCAAAAUUACCAGGCUCAUCACUGCAGUGGUAACGAAGAACUGGAAAGAGAUUGUGCAGUCUUGUGAUCUGCAGAAUUGGAGAGAGGCUUUGGCUGCUGUGCUCACUUACGCCAGGCCAGAUGAAUUUGCGGCCCUUUGUGAUCUCCUGGGUAACAGGCUGGAGAGCGAGGGGGACAGCCUUCUGCAGACACAGGCUUGUCUCUGUUACAUUUGUGCUGGCAAUGUGGAAAAACUCGUUGCUUGUUGGACCAAAGCUCAGGAUGGAAACAACCCCUUGUCCCUUCAGGAUUUAAUAGAGAAAGUCGUAAUCCUGCGCAAAGCUGUGCAGCUCACCCAGGCUGUGGACCCUAAUGCUGUGGGGGCUCUUUUGGCUGAGAAGAUGAGCCAGUAUGCCAACCUCCUGGCCGCCCAGGGCAGCAUUGCUGCAGCUUUGACCUUCCUCCCGGCAAACACCAACCAGCCAAACAUCGUGCUGUUACGGGACAGGCUUUGCAGAGCCCAAGGGGAGCUCCCAGUGGGGCAGGAGGCCUUCAAGGCACCGUAUGAGAGACAGCCCAUGCCCAAAGGACGAGCUGGCCCUGUGGCUGGACAGAUGCAAGGGCACCCGGCUCCAGCCCAGCAGUAUUACCAACAGGUUAGAAUUGCCCCUACUGUCACUACCUGGAGUAACAAAACUCCUACUGCCCUUCCCAGUCAUCCUCCUGCAGGCUGUCCCUCUGACACACAGGGAGACAACCCACCUCCUCCAGGGUUUAUCAUGCCAGGUGCUGUUAACCCCAACAUGCCACCGCAGCAAGCCACACCUCCCAAUUACAGCAUGUACUCACAAGCAGGGACCCGGCCAACGUACCCGCAGACAUAUCAGGCCACACAGCAGUACUCUUGUGGAACAGGGGGACCAGCUCUCUAUCAGCCUCAGCAGCCUAUCGCUGUCCCUGCUUCAGCCUCCUACCCGACCCCUGCCCCUAACACCACCCCUCCCUACCUGCCCUCUGCCCCUGCCCAUUCCAUGCCCUCCCCACUGUACCCUGGGCAGCCUCAACCCUCCCCAACAAGCCUGAAUCCUGUCUCUUCCUUCCCUCUUCCUCCUUCUGGCACAUCUUUUCAGCAUGGCAGGCCAGGACCUCCAGCAACUUCUGUGGCUUAUGCAUUACCUACUGGACCAACAGGUACUCUGCCUGCAACCAGUGACCUUCCUGCAUCCCAGAGAACAGAAAGCCUACCAACUCAAGACCAGGCCUCUCCCUUCGCAGGUGAACUAGGGCCUCAGAACGGCUGGAACGACCCUCCCGCCCUGAACAGAGCUGCCAAGAAGAAGAAGGUUCCUGAUAACUUCCUUCCCCCGGUUCCCAUCACCUCCCCCAUCAUGAGCCCGCUGGCAGAUCCGCAGUCUCAGAUGCAGCCGGCUCCGGCAGCACCCACGGGCGCACCCAGCUUCCAGGCUCCACACCUCCCUGCAGGGCAGCCGGUGCUGCAGGGUGGCUACCCGCCUGCUCCCCAGACCCUGGGGCCAUGCAUCGUGCCACCUGCUGCUUCCAAACCCAGCACGGAGGGGGCCCCUGGGGCCCCAAUCGGCAAUGCCAUCCAGCAUGUGCAGGCACUGCCAACAGAGAAGAUUACCAAGAAGCCCAUCCCUGAGGAGCACCUUAUUCUGAAGACUACGUUUGAAGCUCUUAUCCAGAGGUGCCUGCUGUCUGCUUCUGAUCCGCAAACCAAGAGGAAACUAGAUGAUGCAAAUAAACGCCUGGAGCUUCUAUAUGACAAACUUAGGGAACAGACACUCUCUCCAACCAUCAUUAGCGGUUUGCACAACAUUGUGAAGAGUAUCGAAACCCGCAACUACCAGGAAGGACUGAACAUCCACACACACAUAGUCAGCACCAGCAACUUCAGCGAGACCUCUGCUUUCAUGCCUGUUCUGAAAGUUGUCCUCACCCAGGCCAAUAAACUGGGUGUCUGAAGGAACCUUGCAUUUGCAAAGCCUUGACGGUUGCUUUUCCAAAGAAGCGCAUUUCUACGGCAAACGUGCAGGAAAUGGACCAAAUGCUAGUCCUUACGGCAUGUCGCAGUAGAGCGCUGACAAAUGGCAUUACAUUCUCCCUGCAAAAUACUUCUUUCUAGGAGGGCCAUAGAGCCCUGGUGCUUUUCUUUUUAUUUUAAUCCUUUUCCCAUCCUUAAUGAUUCUUGUCUACAAAUAGUAUAUUUAAUGGAUGAUGCCCCGUAUUGUCAAUUUUUAGAUGCAUGUUAUACUGCUAAACGGUGGCUUUUAAUAACAGAUAUGUGUUAAAACAACAGGAUAGGUUGUGUAUCAGACCCUAAACCAGAUUAUUCCCUUCCACCCCACUGUUUCUUAUCCACCAGAUUAAAGAGUCUGAUCGUAUUAUAAGUGUAUUUGGUCUUUCAUUUUAUGAAGCUGCUUGCUGUUCUGUUAUUACAAUUUACAUGUUAAAUAGCUUAAUUUUGCACUGGGGCAAAUGAGCAAAAUAAAGGCUAAUGUGAUAUUUUCAAUAAAUGUUAAUUUAUUAAAACAUG